GGAAAAUAAGGAAGUUGGCGGAGAUUUCCUUCAAUGAGAACAACGUGAUACUGUAGAUGUGGCAACAUAAAGUGGAGGAAAACAACAUUAACGAGGUUUCCUCGACCUCAAGUCUAGCUCCCACACCAUAAUGAAAGCGAACAGAAGCAACAUGUUAGGUGCCGCAGCUUCCAACAACAAGGUCAAGUAUUCACGGCUGGCUGCUGAUGAAGAUGGUUACAUAGACUUACAGUUCAAGAAAAGCCCGCCAAAGGUCCCAUACAAGGCGAUCGCACUGGCAAUAUUCCUGUUUUUGGUCGGCUCCUUACUGAUAAUCUUCGGCGCCCUUCUCCUGUCAGGAACCAUAAAGGUUGAGCAUCCAGAUCGCACCAUUCCUGUCAUCAUCAUUGGCCUCCUUGUUUUCCUUCCUGGGUUUUACCAUUUGAGAAUCGCCUACUACGCCGCCAAAGGUUACCGGGGUUACUCCUAUGAUGACAUCCCAGAUUUUGGCGACUGAGCCAAAAUGGCAGCUAGGGAUCGGUGGAAUAUCCCCUUCCAUUUGCUGUACUUUGUAUGCUGACACUUUUGCCUGCUGUUUACUCCAAAUUACUGAAUGUAUGUAGCAUAACAGUUAAAUAUUCAACACUGUGCUGCCAUGGAGACCCCCUGUUUACCCACAGGUGCACCAUGCAGCAUUUUAACUGAACUGUUGAUUUCUUUUUUUAUUAUCCUGUAUUCUUUAUUGUCUGCUCUGCUCUUCACACAAAAGCCUGGCAAACCUCAGAGGCUUUAUUCAACUUUAUAUCGACAGUCAACCAAACACUGUAUGAGUGAGUACAGGAUGUCAGACUAGCUGCUCGCCUGCAACAAAGAUGUGACAUCUUGCCGUAAUACAACACUCGCAGCUCAUCUAAGAAAUUGUAACACCUUGGAUGAGAGGUGAAAACAUUUCUGGAGAAGACCCAUAUGCCUUGAACUCACAACUGCUACAUGUACUACUAUAUGUACUACAACAUCCAUGACGUGUUAAACUGAGAAUCCUUUUGCACAGCUGUUUCAAUGUGUAUCUCAAGCAAAUAUUUAACUAUAUCAGUAGUCUGUUACAUGACUGACAAAUCUUUGGAGGCUAUAUUCCCCCUGAUUAUAUUUACCUUACAUCCAAAGAUUGAAGACUUUGUCAAAGUAUAGUAUAUUUUUGAAUGAGGUGUAUUAUUUUCUGUAUGAAGUAUUAAUGUAUGUGCAUAUACACUUGAUUUUAAAUAUUUAAGAAAGAUGUAUUUUUACAUAGAUUUGCUUGAUUUAAAAUAAAAAUCAAUUUAGACA